AUGUACCUGAUGUCGAAGGGGCUGUGGGGCGCGAUUACGGGCGAUGAGACAACAAGUGAGGCAAAGGAACAGCAAGCCCACGCCGCGCACGUGCUUAAUCUGAGCGAUUCGCAGUUGAUGCAUGUCAUCGACUCGGCUACUGCAAGAGAAGCGUGA